GGGGCGGCGGUGAGAGAGCAAACGGAGAGAGGGAGACCGAUCCGCGCGCGAGACCGCUCCCAGGGCAUUGCUGCGUUCCUGGCAGCGGUAGGCUGCCGGGUGUGAACCGGGAAGCGACGCUUCGCGGCGACUGUGCCUGCGCGCGUGGGAGACCUCCGCUCGCCUCAGACCUCCAGGGUCACGUCUGGGGCGUUCUGGAUCCCCCAUUAGAGCGUCCGCUAACACUGUGUCCUGCAAAGGUGGAGGCUUAAAGCGUAGUAAGGAAGGCAAAGAGGAGAAAAAAGCAACUGAAGCCGCGGGAGAAGGAGCUGGUGUGGACCUCCAGAGGGAUUAAGAGGACGAUUGGACCGCGGAGAUCCGGGUCCAGAGGGAUUAAGAGGACGAUUGGACCGGCGGGACCACGGAGGUGCGGGGCAAGGAGCAACUGGAGCAGUGCGGUCUGUGGGGCUGGGUCUUCUUGCACCUCGGGUCACGCCUCCUUGGCGAGAGUGCUCCUCGCCUUUGAUUGCUUCCAGUUACUGCAGAACUUCCUGCCCCGCUGGAGAAGCGGGUCUCGCUCUGGUCGCUCUCGCUCCUGGUCUGAAGCGUGAGACUGAGUUCACACGGUGCUGGGCCCCCCCAAGCCAAGUGGGGUUGGGGGAACAGAGCCUGCGAUCCGCCUCUCCCCGAGUGAGGGGCCAGGUGUAGGGGUCCUCCCUCCUCUCUCAUCCGCACCCCUCCCGGCUUUGCGCCUCCCCGGGGACCCCUCGCCAGGAAAUGGCCGCGCUGAUGCGGGGCAAGGACUCGUCCCGAUGUCUGCUCCUACUGGCCGCGGUGCUGAUGGUGGAGAGCUCACAGCUCGGCAGCUCGCGGGCCAAACUCAACUCCAUCAAGUCCUCUCUGGGCGGGGAGACGCCUGCCCAGGCCGCCAAUCGAUCAGCGGGCACAUACCAAGGACUGGCUUUCGGCGGCAGUAAGAAGGGCAAAAACCUGGGGCAGGCCUACCCUUGUAGCAGUGAUAAGGAAUGUGAAAUUGGGAGAUACUGCCAUAGUCCCCACCAAGGAUCAUCGGCCUGCAUGGUGUGUCGAAGAAAAAAGAAGCGCUGCCACAGAGAUGGCAUGUGUUGUCCUGGUACCCGCUGUAAUAAUGGCAUCUGCAUCCCUGUCACUGAGAGCAUCUUAACCCCUCACAUCCCAGCUCUGGAUGGCACUCGACACAGAGAUCGAAACCAUGGUCAUUACUCAAACCACGACUUGGGAUGGCAGAAUCUAGGAAGACCACACACUAAGAUGUCACAUAUAAAAGGGCAUGAAGGAGACCCCUGCCUACGAUCGUCAGACUGCAUUGAAGGGUUUUGCUGUGCUCGUCACUUCUGGACCAAAAUAUGCAAACCAGUGCUCCAUCAGGGGGAAGUCUGUACCAAACAGCGCAAGAAGGGUUCUCACGGGCUGGAAAUUUUCCAGCGGUGUGACUGCGCAAAGGGCCUGUCAUGUAAAGUAUGGAAAGAUGCCACCUACUCCUCCAAAGCCAGACUCCACGUGUGUCAGAAAAUAUGAUCACUUCUGAGGAGAAUCAAUGCUAGCAGACUGUGAAUCUGUGUAUUUAAUGCAUUACGGCAUGGUGGAAAAUAGGAUUUGGAUCUCAGAAGAAUGGCUAAAAAAUAAGGAAUGUGAUUAAGAAUAUAGAGCUCACAGAGAGAGAGAGAAAAAGGAAAAGAGGAUAAGCAGAUUAGAAAGGGUGACAAAUGUAGUACAACCAAUGUGUUUCCAUUAUGCAACUUGUUUAUGUAAAUAAUGUACACAUUUGUGAAGAUGCUAUUACUGAAAAAAGCACACAGUGAAAAUUACGGAUACCAUGUGACUUUCCCAGAGUUUAGGUUGUGCUGGAGGAUUGGUUUCCUUCAGAUUGGUGAUUGCCUAUAGAAAUAACCUAAAAGCCAUAUUUCUAGUUCAAGGUUAUAGUUUAACAAAAUAGUCCCUGUAUACCUUGGCAUACAAUAGGCUCUUAUGUAAAAAGAGUUGUUAAAUAGGAAAUGAAGUCCUGGAACAUAGUUAAUUUGCAACGCAGAAUCACCUUUUAGUUUGGAACACUACUUCUACUGCUCAGUGAAAGGCCUUGGUAGAUAAGAAAAAAAAGUCAGUAUUUUCCAAAUAAUUUCAAAAUAAUUGCAAGCCCUUUAUGAAGGUCUUUAGGAAAAACCAAACUUGUUUUUCUUCAAACUGUUUAUUUACAUUUUUCAAAUAUUUAGUUGCAUCAGUAAUUAAUAAGAACCAGUAGAAGACAAAAAGAGUGCAUUCACAUUCUAAAAAAAUGACAUUGUAUCUUUCUUGAUUGUAUGUAAUUCCUACCCCAAAUAUAUUUCAUUUUCCAAACUAUCCUGAUUAAUUGUGAAUAGUACCGAGCAGAAUUUCAUAGUUUGCAAAAAUUUUCAAGGUGUCCAAAAUACAGAAUCAAUGCUAAUUGUUAUUUUUUGAAGCUUUGGCAUUCCCUAUGUUUGAUAGAAUUAGAUUGAUAAAUACAUUUAUUCUUUACACAUGCUGCAGUAUAGUUGGCUAAAGCUGAUAAUAGAAACUUGAUCUAUAUUUGCCCUGGACAGAAGUACACAAAGGAUAUGGAAAAAAAUGGCAAAUACUGAGGUUUUGGCAACAUGUUGAUCAUACAUCUGAAGCACAAAACUGACUAUUGAUAUUUGAAGCCCAAAGCCACACAACCUAAAUGGAAGUUUUCCAUGGGGUUUGCUAUCACAAUAUUUACUAUGCAGAUGAAUUCCGUGUAGGUUGCUAAUUGACCUCAGAGUAUUUAUUUUAUAUUUUUGAGGUCCUAAAAUAAUAGGAGGUCUCAUGAAAUGGAUUCCCAAUGCAGAUUAGUAUAGUGAGGUUCCAUAGCCCUUGAUAAGCUUCUAACUUGCCAAUGGCACCAUCUGAAAUUUCUGUACCAGUUUCUGUCUGCAAUAGCUGUUUUUUUGCCAAAGAUAGUGUUUCCGUUUUCUGCAGCCAUUGAAAUUAAAAAUAUAAAUGGAAUAACUUGUAAAAUCUACAUAUUGCUAACCUAUAGGAACCACAGUCUCGAAAUUCUUUGAAACCAUUUUAUCACUUUUUUACUUUACUCAGUUCUAAAUAUUAUGUCUAGAGCAUAAAGCAAAAAUGUUAUCUUAUAGGUGUUACUUUUGACCUUUUCUUUUAUAGACUGAAAGUCACUCCUUAAUUUUCUUUUACUUCAACCCCUUCUGCAGUCUCAAAUUCAAGUUUUCUCAGUAGAAAUUGAAUCUGAGUCUGCAUAUCUAUUAAAAAUUUCAGCUUCCCAUACACACUUACUAGGGUGAUUAAGAUUUACAUUUUCCCCACAUGUCUGCUAAAACAAAAAUUAUAAGCUGAUCUAUCCAAGAACCAAUGUCUGUACAAACAGGUUUCUAUAAGCUUGGCAACGUGAAAAAUGGAACAUUUCAGUCAAGCAUUUCCUAUAUAGCAAUUACAUCUACAAUCUGGUUUUUGCAUUAUUUCCCUUAUGUACAUCCCAAAAUUAUUAUUUGAAGUAAUUUAUUUACAGGAAAUGUUAAUGAGAUGUAUUUUCUUAUAGAGAUAUUUCUUACAGAAAGCUUUGUAGCAGAAUAUAUUUGCAGCUAUUGACUUUGUAAUUUAGGGAAAAUGUAUAAUAAGAUAAAAUAUAUUAAAUUUUUUCCUUCAAAAAUGGAA